CAGGUAGGUGGACGGAGAGAUAGCAGCGACGCGGACAGGCCGAACAGUGACAGCCACGUAGAGGAUCUGGCAGACAAAGAGACAAGACUUUGGAAGUGACCCACCAUGGGGCUCAGCAUCUUUUUGCUCCUGUGUGUUCUUGGGCUCAGCCAGGCAGCCACACCGAAGAUUUUCAAUGGCACCGAGUGUGGGCGUAACUCACAGCCGUGGCAGGUGGGGCUGUUUGAGGGCACCAGCCUGCGCUGCGGGGGUGUCCUUAUUGACCACAGGUGGGUCCUCACAGCGGCUCACUGCAGCGGCAGCAGGUACUGGGUGCGCCUGGGGGAACAUAGCCUCAGCCAGCUCGACUGGACCGAGCAGAUCCGGCGCAGCGGCUUCUCUGUGACCCACCCCGGCUACCUGGGAGCCUCGACGAGCCAUGAGCACGACCUCCGGCUGCUGCGGCUGCGCCUGCCCGUCCGCGUAACCAGCAGCGUUCAACCCCUGCCCCUGCCCAAUGACUGUGCAACCGCUGGCACUGAGUGCCACGUCUCAGGCUGGGGCAUCACCAACCACCCAUGGAACCCAUUCCCGGAUCUGCUCCAGUGCCUCAACCUCUCCAUCGUCUCCCAUGCCACCUGCCAUGACGUGUAUCCCGGGAGAAUCACGAGCAACAUGGUGUGUGCAGGCGGCGUCCCGGGGCAGGAUGCCUGCCAGGGUGAUUCUGGGGGCCCCCUGGUGUGUGGGGGAGUCCUUCAAGGUCUGGUGUCCUGGGGGUCUGUGGGGCCCUGUGGACAAGAUGGCAUCCCUGGAGUCUACACCUAUAUUUGCAACUCCACUCUUGUUGGCCUGGGAACUUCUUGGAACUUUAACUCCUGCCAGCCCUUCUAAGACCCACGAGCGGGGUGAGAGAAGUGUGCAAUAGUCUGGAAUAAAUAUAAAUGAAGGAGGGGC